GGGGCGGGUUUGCGCAUGCGCAGAGUGGGUUUGGCGGGGCGCUCCGAGGACAGUGGGCACCGGGCACCGAGGUGGGGUGUGAGCGCUGAACGGAGCCCGGAGGCGGCGGAGCGGCCAUGAACGCAGCGCAGGGCACGGUGGGCAGCGACCCCGUCAUCCUGGCCACGGCCGGGUAUGACCACACGGUGCGGUUCUGGCAGGCGCACAGCGGCAUCUGCACCCGCACCGUCCAGCACCAGGACUCGCAGGUAAACGCACUGGAGAUCACCCCGGACCGCAGCAUGAUCGCUGCUGCAGGGUACCAGCACAUCCGCAUGUACGACCUCAACUCCAACAACCCCAACCCCGUCAUUAACUACGACGGCGUCAGCAAGAACAUCACCUCAGUGGGCUUCCAUGAGGAUGGACGGUGGAUGUACACAGGCGGGGAGGACUGCAUGGCCCGCAUCUGGGACCUGAGGUCUCGGAACCUCCAGUGUCAGCGGAUUUUCCAGGUGAACGCUCCAAUUAACUGUGUCUGCUUGCACCCCAACCAGGCAGAGCUGAUUGUGGGUGACCAGAGCGGUGCCAUUCACAUCUGGGACUUAAAGACCGACCACAAUGAGCAGCUGAUUCCUGAGCCCGAAGUGUCCGUGAACUCGGUUCACAUUGACCCUGAUGCCAGUUACAUGGCAGCUGUCAACAGCUCGGGAAACUGCUAUGUGUGGAACCUGACGGGUGGCAUCGGUGAGGAGGUGACCCAGCUCAUCCCCAAGACCAAGAUCCCAGCACACAACCGCUAUGCCCUUCAGUGCAAGUUCAGCCCUGACUCCACGCUCUUGGCUACAUGUUCUGCAGAUCAGACCUGUAAGAUCUGGAGGACUUCAAACUUCUCUCUGAUGACAGAGCUGAGCAUUAAGAGCAAUAACCCAGGGGAAACGUCUCGGGGCUGGAUGUGGGACUGUGCCUUCUCCGGGGACUCCCAGUACAUCGUCACAGCCUCUUCUGAUAACCUGGCCAGACUGUGGUGUGUGGAGACAGGAGAGAUCAAGAGGGAAUACAGCGGCCACCAGAAAGCUGUUGUCUGCCUUGCUUUCAACGACAGCGUGUUGGGAUAGCGGUGAUGUGUGGGAAGGAGAGGAGCUCUGCUUGAUUUCCCUCAUCUCACAGUGACGUGCACCCUCUCUGGGGCCUGAGGUGCACUGGUGACACCCCCUCCUCCAGCAGAGAGGGCUCCAUCUCCAGCAGAAGCUGCUGGAGUGAGACCAGGCUGCAGCUCCGAGCUGGUCAUUACCGUCUUGUGUGUGGCCUCUGAGGGAGGCUGCUUGGACAAAAGGGAACAGGGGAGGGAGGCACAAUCCCCUGGAUGCAGCUCAGCUGGAGGAAUCCCUGUGGCACCAGCUGCCAACAGCUUUGUGGUGGUCUUGUACCCCAGAGUGGAAAAGAAACCCAUUUCUAAACGAUGGAAGAGCUGAGCAAAGAGAGGAAAGGCAGCUGUUUUCUUAGUUUGCAAUCCCUUUAUUCAGUGUAUCUCACAGACUGACUCAGAGAGCUGCACUCCUAUAAAGCCAACCACCCCCAGCAGUUAACCACCUCGUGUUCAACAGGACGUGUAGCCAUGAGCC